CCCAUUUUGCAGCAGGAACUACACUUUUUUUCUUCUUCUUUUUUUUUUUUUUUUCACAGGAACUGUGGCUUUUAAACAAGAAGCAGGAUGGAGAUGUUUAUUAUUUCAGUCAUUUUAGCAACUAUCCUCAUCACACCAUUCGCAUUGAAAACCUUGUCUCCUUAUCUUUGGAUGGAUAUUCUGUAUUUCGGGGACCUACUGCGGAUUUUCGUGAGGUUUGUGUCAAGGCGAAGAAGGAGACCUCUCUUCUUUGUUUUGGACCGUUUCUUGGAGCAGGCGGCCGCGCUGCCACACAAGCCUUUCAUUGUGUUUGAAAAUGAGAUAUACUCAUACACUCACACGGAUAAAAGGAGUAACCAAGUGGCCAACGCGCUCCGGGCUCAGCGCGGUUACAGAGCCGGAGACACCGUCGCGCUCUUCAUGGGGAAUGAACCCGCCUUCUUGUUCACCUGGCUGGCUUUGGCUAAGUUAGGGUCUCCUGUGGCUCUGCUCAACCACAACAUCCGCACCAAGUCUCUGCUGCACUGCUUUAACUGCUGCAAGGCUAAAGUGCUGAUAGCAGCCUCAGAACUAAAGGACGCCGUGGAGGAUGUGCUGCCCUCCCUGACAGAGCAGGGCGUCACCGUCCUCCUGAUGACCAAACACUGUGACACACCUGGAAUCGAGAGCUUCUCCGAUAAAGUGGACGAGGCGCCGGACACCCCGCUCCCUCAGUCCCUCCGAUCGCACAUCACAUUCAAAAGUCCUGCAGUUUAUAUUUACACCUCUGGAACUACAGGUCUCCCUAAAGCAGCUGUGGUCAAUCAGAACCGCCUCCUGACAGCUCUGGCUGUUUUAGCUUCAAAUGGUGUAACGCCUAGUGAUGUCAUCUACCUCAACCUGCCUUUGUACCACACAGCUGGAUUUAUUGUAGGCUUUAUUGGCUCCAUUGAGACAGGGUCAACUAUCAUCCUGAAGAGGAAGUUUUCUGCCUCUCAGUUUUGGGACGACUGCAGGAAACACAGCGUGACUGUUAUCCAGUACAUCGGAGAGGUGAUGCGUUACCUCUGUAGCACAUCAAAGAGAGAAAAUGACAAGGACCAUAAAGUAAGACUGGCCAUUGGUAAUGGUGUCAGAGCAGACGUAUGGAGAGAGUUUCUCAGUCGCUUUGGGAACAUUCAGGUCCGAGAGUUUUACGCCUCCACUGAGGGAAAUGUGGGAUUUAUCAACUAUGCGGGGAAAAUUGGAGCCAUUGGACGUGUCCACUUCUUGCAUCGGAAGCUGUUUCCCUACACUCUUGUCAAGUAUGACACAGAGCGAGAUGAACCAAUCCGAGACGCCAAUGGCCUCUGUGUGGAGUCGCCCAAAGGUGAGACGGGACUGCUGGUGUCCAAGAUCACAGACAUCGCUCCUUUUGUCGGCUACGCCCAGAGUGAGGAACAAACGGAGAGGAAAAGACUUCGGGACGUUCUCAAGAAAGGAGAUCUUUACUUCAACAGUGGAGACCUAAUGAGGAUUGAUGAGGACAACUUCAUUUACUUUCAGGAUCGUGUAGGUGACACAUUCAGGUGGAAAGGUGAGAAUGUGGCCACGACCGAGGUGUCUGACAUCCUGACCAUCAGUGAUUGUCUCAAAGAGGCAAACGUUUAUGGAGUCCAAGUGCCAGGACACGAGGGCCGGAUAGGAAUGGCAGCUGUCACUGUGGAGGAAGGCGCCCAAUUUGAUGGAAGUCAAAUGUAUAGCCAUGUGGUCAGCUACCUGCCCUCAUAUGCCCGACCUCGCUUUAUAAGGAUACAGAACGCUGUGGAGGUGACUGGGACUUUCAAGCAGAUGAAGAUGAAGUUAGUGGAGGAGAGUUUUGAUCCAGGACGUAUCCAGGACCCUCUUUAUGUCCUCGUCGAUAAUGAGAAGGCAUACAUACCGCUGACGGCUCCGGUCUACUCCUCCAUCAUAUCAGGAAACAUCAAACUAUGAGCCGGUUCUUAGUGUUCACUAACUGCGUACUUUUCUGACUGGCUGCAUUGAUACUUUUAAUAGUGAACUUCCAGCUCAGGGACAGAACAAAUCUCAAAGUAUGACUUAUACAGUAUGUAGUAAAGCAACAUGGAGACAUAAACAUCUUUAUCAAUAGCAGUUCAUGGGAGUCAAACGUUUUAAAUGUAAGGAUUAAUCUCAGGGGCCAGAGUCAGCCUGCGAGGAGUGGAGGGAGUUUGAUCAUGUAAAUGAUAUACAUAUACUAACUGACAAGUGGUAAUAUAAAUAGUGUAUUUACUAGCAGGAUGAGGAUCGCUGUUUCUACAGUAAUCAGUCUAAUAAUGGUGUGGAGAAGUGUCGCUGUUGGGGUGAUCGCAUCAAAGACACAACAUGGAUAAACAGUGUACAGUCUAACAGUCUUCAUGGAGGGCAAACUAUAAUGCAGUGGCUAUUCGACGUUCUCUCACAGGUAGUAUCUGAUGUACUCAACAGAUUACUUUGUUUUUAGGAAAAAUGUAAGUAGCGUGUAGUGGUUUUAGAAUGACUUAUUAUAAAUUACUUUCCUAAACAUUAAAGUAAUUCCUGUUGUAAAACCAGAACUAGUUUUCAUGUUUAUGUCUCACUCAUCAUAGUCACAACAACAGCACAAAUUUUCAAGUGUGACGUAUGUGGAAAAAACCACAAGGUGGAGACAAAUGCACACGCUGUCAGAGUCCCUGCUUCAGUUCACAGGGAUAAACAGUGCAGUACUAGAAACAGGACAGUGACAAAAAUGUUGAGCAGGACACCUGAAAAAUUACACCUAUAUGUGAUUUUUUUUUUUUUUUUUUCAACAUCCUGUUUCAAAACCAUGUGCAUUAUAAUUCUAUACUGACUAACGCACUAACAUUCCCCAGGGCUAAAACUAUGAAAACCUUCGGUCCUUUAAUUAACUUUAAACUUUAAUUACUUUAAUUAAUCCAACUUUGACAAUUAAAACUGUACUUUACUGUCAAGCGCGGUCUGUUUUAAUCAGUUACUUGUUUUCCUUGUUCCUGCUGUCGGCUGAACUGUGCCACAAAGCAAUGAUGUUAAGCAGUAAGUAGGGAGACCGGGGAUGGUUGUAACAAAGGGAUAGUUGUAACAGCAUCACUUUCACCAAUAAGGGAUAACAUAAGAGUCAUGUGAUCAAUUUCAUGUAUAUCCACUUCCUCCCUGAUCUUGCAUGUGAAUUUGGAUGGCUGUGAGAGGAAGUGUGCAGAUUUUACAGUCAAAACAUCAAUUUUCAGGUAAGAAAGUAAUUUUUGGGACCAAGUCUAUAUUUUGAUUAGUACUGAUGCUGUUGAAGUUUGAAUUAGGUAACUUGUAUCGGGUAAGAGAGUAGGUUCUUACGUAAAAUGUGAGUCAUUUCAUCCAUGCUAAUUUCAAACCACCAUGCUGAUACAGCUAGGUAAACAUUGGCUGACAGGGGUGGGGAUAGUUGUAACACCAUAUAAGAAAAUGUUACAACCAUCCCCAUAAUCACAAUUCACAUAUUUUCUCUAUCCUACUCCUUUUUUUCAGUAUGCCAAGACAGUGGGCGAGGAAAACAAAUAGGGGUGUGCCUGCACAUGUACUUAAAGUUGCAUCAGAUGAAGUGAGGCAGGGAAAAGCAGUGAGGUCAGUCACCAAAGACUACUCCAUCUGCCAUGUGAACAAGGUUCAAGAAAGCUGCCCAGUGUGGGCUAUCACAGCAGUCAAAAAGUCUUCAAUGCACAGUAGUCCCUCUACUGUAAGACCAUUUCCCAAAGCAGGGCCAAGAAAGACCACUGGUACGACAAGGAUAAAGUCAGACAUCUACACAGAUACAAGCAGGCCUUGGAGGAAGAAGAAAAGAAGAGUAGUAAGAAGAAUGUGAAAAUGGCCAUAUUUGGAAAGAGGAAACGCAAACAAAAUAAUGCAGAGAGAAAGACAGCCAAAAAGAGAUCCAAGAAGAACAAGGAUAAGGGUGAGGACACCCCAGAUGAAGAUGAUUUUUGAAUUGUGUGCAUGGAGCCCUUUGGAAAUUCCAAACCCAAAGAAAAGUGGAUCAGAUGUGUAAAUUGCAAGUUCUGGGCCCACGAAAACUGCACCCCUGGAAAACCCACAUACAUCUGUCACCACUGUGACUCUGAUCACUCUGAUUAGAUGGAUAACACACACAGAUACACACACUCAAGUUCAUGUUUUAUCAUUUAAGACAGACACAGUAUGCAUGUUUGUUGUUUUACUAAUUGUCAAACGUCUUCCUGUAAUUUUACAUGGAUUAUGAGCUACUUCUGACCUCCUGCUGAAGGUUUCCAUUUGUAUGUGUAACAUUCAUAGGUAUUAUCAGGAUAUGUUCUUUAAAAAAGCUCUUUUAAUGUUAACACUGACACUGUUCUUCAUUUAGCCAUCAGUGAUGAGUUAUUUUUGUUCUUAGUGAAGCACAGGAAGAUGCUUUAGUGUUGGCACAUGCACAAUAAACUUAUAUAGAUGCAUA